CUUCCACUUCCACUUGCAUCUGUCACUGCCCGGGCCCGGAGGGGCCUCUGGCGAGUCUUGAGUCUCGCAACGGGGUCAUGAUUGGAUUUGAUGGUCAUGCGAGCAAGGAAACUCAUCUCCUGGGUUUAGUUCCUUAGUGGGAUCCCUGACUAACACGACACUCGUGAUGAACAACUGAAAGAGCCACAAGAGCCACUCUGCCAGGUCACCGCUUAGACCUUGGUGACCUUUAAACCCUCAUCAGCCUUGAUCAUCCUCUUAACAGCCCCUUCUCAUCCUUCAUCACUUCACAUCCCCCAAACACAUACAAACCUUAGAAUACCCGUGACAGCUCCUCACUCUUCCUCCAAAGUCAAUCACAACCAUCACCAUCACUCUCAAUCCUCGUACUCUUCUACAUCUCAAUACUCGCCUCUAGUCUAAACCACAUCUCGUCUUCUAUCUUGCUGACAAGAACUCCAAUCCACCAAUUCCAAGGAUAAACAAGGUAAGGUGCAGAUCACAACCAAAUCCAGCCCAAGCUUUGACACUGCCCUGCUAUCUCCCUCGGCCCUGAAGGGUCGCGUGUCCUCCUUCAAUCAAUCCUCCUCAACGUCCUUGUAUCUGAUUUCAAUCUGACUCCUCCUCGAUAGUAACACCAGAACCUCAAACUCCUCCUCUAUCAUCUCAGAAUCCCUCUACUGCGUGUUUGACCCUCGACUUCACCUCAUACCAUCAGUGUGUUGACCCCGCUCUCAGCCAGAGUUCCAUAGCUGACGUCAAACCCUAGUGACCCGCACCAACAAGAACAAUGAUCGUAACCAUAGCGCCAUUGCUGAUGGUACUGCCAUGCCAGAAGAACGCCUUCCUCGCUAUUUCGCCAAAAGUGGCCAUGUUGAUGUUGACCCCAAGAGUGUGAAGAAGCAGGGCGGAGGCAGAGGCAACUGGGGCCGUGACGGCGAUGAAGUCCAAGACUACGACUAUUCCUUCACCAAUCAACGCCGCCGAUCCAACUCUUCCACCCAAGUCCUUGCAGACUUCAAAACCAAGUUUGAGGGCAUGGACGCCGACCCAGUCUUCGAAGAUAGCCUCCAUGGCCCCACCGACGACGACAUCGAGAAAGCCUCUCAACUUUCCAAGGAGGACUCCAACGAUUCGAGCACCUUGGGCGGAAGUGUCAUCGACGAUGAAGAGAAGAAAUUGUAAUUUUAUCAAUCAUAAUCGAGGGUGCGCUGGUCUACAGUCUUGAUCAGCUGCACUCCUCUCACAUGGCGCCCAAAUGAUGGUGCUCAAUAUCACUGUAUACUGUGACAACAGUAACAUUCACAAUCUUGUUUGCUUUGAUUCAUUUUGCGCUGGCCAUAGUCAUGGUCAAUGAGGACGAGAAUGGUUGAUUCACAAUCAUGUAUUUUAGCAGAGAUCAAGAAUCAAUUGUUCCGAUCGA